AUGGUGUAAUUAAUAGCAGUCAGUUAGUGUUGGAGUAGGGGCUUAUGUUGUUGAUGAUGAUGAACGCGGUUACUCAAGACAUGGCAUUUCAGAAGACCAUUUGAGAAGACUGGUGGAGAAACUACACAUUGAUUGAAUACAUCUUGAAAAUGACACGCACACUGCCACAGCUGUUCAGAGAUUACUUGGACAAGCGCCAGAUUAACCGGAACCGUCUGGUGACAAAAGAUGGUCACUGCAACAUUGAAUAUGGCAAUGUGAAGUACAGCAGUCGCUUGGCCUAUUUGCUAGACAUAUGGACAACCACCCUGGAGCUCCGUUGGACUAUAGUGUUCAUCUUGUUCGGAGCUGCCUUCCUUCUCAGCUUCUUCCUUUUUGCACUUAUCUGGUACUGGAUUGCUCGCAGUAAUGGAGACUUGUGGUGGCAGAAUCCUUCACCUGACCACAACCCUUGUGUAAUGAAUGUCUAUGGCUUGACCACUGCUUUCCUCUACUCCAUAACAACGCAGAUGACCAUUGGCUACACUGCAAGGGUCAUUACCCCAUAUUGCCCGGGUGCACUCGUCGUUCUCAAUAUCCAGACUCUCAUUGGUACACUCGUAAAAUGCUAUUGGUGUGGCGUGGUUAUCGCCAAAAUGGCCUCACCUAAGAAAAGAGCAAAGACAAUCAACUUCAGUGAAAAGGCUGUCAUCAGCCCUAGAAAUGGUGCCCUGUGUUUGCAGAUACGAGUGGCCAACCUACGUAAAACUAUACUGGUUGGGAGCCAGAUUUAUGGUAAGAUGUUUAGAACAACAGUCACACCUGACGGCGAGACCAUCAUCAUGGACCAGAUCACUGUCGAUUUCAUGGUGGAUGCUGGGAAGGACAACCUGUUCUUCGUCUGUCCUUUGACCCUGUAUCAUGUGAUUGACAGGACAAGUCCAUUUUUUGAGAUGGCAGCAGACACUCUGCACCAGCAGCAGUUUGAGCUGGUGGUGUUUCUGGAUGGCACAGAUGAGACCACUAACUUCUCCUGCCAGGCCAGGACUUCCUAUAUCCCUAGAGAGAUCAUGUGGGGUUAUGAAUUUUUCCCCAUUAUUUCCCGUAGCAAAGAAGGCACAUACUGCGUGGAUUUCUCUAUGCUCGCCAGACUGGUACCCACACCGACUCCACACUGUAUCUUCUGCUUCAGUAAUGAGAGAGCUCACCAUUAUGACCCCAGAGGUGGCACUGACAAUCUGGACUUUGAAGCCUGUAACACUACUAACCAGGACAACAUUGAUAGGAAGUCUCUGACCCAGAAGAAAAUGAGGCUGCUCAAACCUAAGAUCCCCAGUUUGCUGAACAGUUUAUGA